ACGCCUGAGACAUCAGCCAGAGACGUCAUCACUGCGUGCCACACAGCACGGAUGGGUUUAACAAAUGUGUUGAGCUAAUGGCUAAUUUUUUGUAGGUUUUUGAGCUCAUCUCGCGCAGAAAAUGUCGGUAUUUCACGACGAAGUAGAGAUCGAAGACUUUGAGUAUGACGAGGAGACGGAGACGUAUUACUUCCCCUGUCCUUGUGGAGACAAAUUCGCCAUAAGUAAAGAGGAUCUGGAGAACGGGGAGGACGUGGCCACAUGUCCCAGCUGCUCUCUCAUCGUUAAAGUUAUCUAUGAUCAGGAGCUGUUCAUGUCGGGAGAAAUCAUCGAAGCGCCGUCGUCCACGGAAACCAAACGGGAGCUGGUUCAGUCCUCGUGACCCCCCCACCCCCCCCAAAUCAUCAUCAUCAUGUGUAAAACAACGUACUGUACCUUUUAAAUCCCCUUUUAUUUAUGCAGAGAGGCAGACAGCUUCAUGUUUUAUGGAUCAAUCUUCAGUGUGAACAUAAAAAACCUCAUCAUCAAAGUUUGUUUUAUCAGAAAUUUGGGUUUCUUAACAACCAAAUUGCCCAAAAUUAACACGGCUGCAUGAUGUACGUUAUAUGGAACCCAUAAACGAUCUUCACAGGUACAAUUAAUCAUUACUUUCAUUGAAAUUUUGGAGUUUUAUUCAAUUUUAUAACAUUUGAAUAUAUUUUUUAAAUGGUCUAAAGACUAAAGUUUGACAUUAAACAGUCUGUGAUUCAUUCAACAUCUUCUGAUAUUAACUAUUAGUCAACAAAAUGCAUCAUUUCAGCUUUUUUUACUCAAAAAUGAGGUAUAUUGUCAUUUAAAUUUGAUUUAAUGAACAUGAAUUUAAAAAAGUGUUUAGAAAAGUUCAAAAAAAAAGUUAAUUUUCAAUUUAUCAUGGAGGUCUGGUCAUGUCUCAGAGUAUUAACUUAUAUUUUACUGUCUCGUGUGUAAAUAUUUAUGUUUUAACAGAAUUAAAACUCUUCAAACAGCA